AACACAUCAAGGUGGGGCACGUCAUCAGCGUCGUGGCCCAGUCAACCCCUCGCGCCUCAUUGCCUUAUUAUCACGGGUCAGCCAGGCUGAAGCGAAAUCGACCAAUUUCCCUUGGUCCUCGUCCUUCGGCAAGAUUGCAAGAGAGAAGAAUAUCAAGUUGACCACACUCUGAACUGAAAGCCACCCCAGUCGGUGUGUUCUGGAGAGAUACUUAGGUGAUACAAUAUGUCAGCCCCUACGGAGACGAACAAAGCCACGGCAGAGAGUGGCGCUGAGUCGCCUACCACUGUCCGACCUCUCGAUAUGUCCGACGACGAUGUUCAGGAGAACAGCCUCCUCGGAGACGAUGGCCCUGCGACCACCGCGGCGGCGACUGCCAAUGCCCCUACCUCGACAACUGAGACCCCUCCGCCCAAGCCUCCCCGCCCGCUCACCGAGGCGCAGAAGAACAUAUUGAUUUUGAAGGAGGCCUUCCCCACCGUGGAUGAUGGUGUCAUCAAAGCUGUCCUGAGGGCUAGCGGUGGCCGUGUCGAGCCCGCCUUUAACGCGUUGCUUGAGAUGACCGACCCCGAUGCUGCGAGAAACGAGCCUGAGGAUGAUGAUGUGCCACCCCCCCAGCCUCCCCGACCGCAGGUCAGGGGACAGAUGUCGCAAAUGGAAGCAGACGAGCAAUAUGCGCGCCAACUUGCGGAGCACUUUGACAACGUGGGCGACUACGAGUCUCGGACUUCCAAUCGAGGUCACACUGGUGGACGAACCAGACAGAACCAGGAGGCAUGGGACGACGAGAACGAACGCAGCUUCCUCGACCACGACCUCCCCAUCAUCCAGGAAAACCUACGCAAGGGUUUCUAUGAAACACAGACCAAGGUCAAUGGGUGGAUCACGAAUUUAAAGAAGAAGAUUGAAGAGAACUUUGACGAGAGCGAGGAGGGUGCCGGUUCCGGUGCGCAGAGACAGGGCGAACCAUUCCGUCGCCCUGGAGAGUCCAGCCGACGAAGCGGAGAUUACGACCGAUAUGAUGCGGAUCCAGAGGUUCUGAGCGACGACUUUGCCGGCAUGAAGUUCUCCGCGGAUGGUACUCCGAUCACCCGGCCCAUGGCCAACACAGGCAUGUUCAAGCCGCCACCACCAUCAGCCUCACCAAAGCCCGGCAGCAAUGGCCGACGGGUCGGCUUCAAGGAGGAGACUGAGGAGAUCAACAUGUAUGAGUCGUCACCCCGAGUGCCACCCAAGGAUUCCGUGCCUAGCGGCGGUUCAAGGACAAGUAAAUGGCAACCUCUGUCGACUGUUGAUCCUAGCCCGAUUACGGACAACGACCCCUUUAGCUUGGGCGAUAGCGAGGACGAGAAGGACACGAAGGAGAAGCCCAAGGAGCCUCAGACGGACGACAGCGAUCGUUUGAAGAAGGCGGCUGCAGAGGCCAUGGCAGAUAGCCUGGUUGACUCAGAGGCAUCGAAGAAGAAGUAAGCUGAGCAAAUUGACAAGCGACGGGGAAUGAUAAUCCUGGAAGACGAGAACUCAAGGAGGACCUUCGGAGCCAAAGCCAUUUCGUAGGUAAUCAGUCGGCGAGCUUGCUGGAGCGAUGGGUGGUCUAUCUUGGGUAGUCUGAAAUGUUUUGAUAGCAUGGAAUACCAGCCUUGUAAUUCGGUUCCCAAGUUUCCAUUGUGGCUUGACACCUUCCCGUUUGUUCCUGCGGGAAGGGCUGAGGUCUGAGACUCUUCCAGGUUCUGGGCGGUUGAGACCUGGCGACAGAAAGUUGAGACUGACUUGACUAUUCCGAGUCGAGGCAUUGAAGCCACUCCCUAGUGGGGAGCAAGGAUUCAAAAGCAAAACGCCGACUCAAGCGCGAAACAAAAGGUGCAUCUGCAUCGGUGACGGAACAAGUGAC